UCUGGACGUGGAGCCUAGGGUGACGCUUGUGCGGGUGUGCACACACGUGGCCGGCUACGCCGUUUCGUUCUAUUCAGUCCUAUUCCAUGAGCAGUCUGGGACAGUCGUAAAGAGGUGACAAAGAACAUUGUUCGUGUUCGUUGAAACUUAUGUUGGUCUGAAAUCGUUUGGGGGCACCAUACAUUUGUUUCCAUUGACUAGCUCCAACGAUCACGUGUUACGUUCAGAUCUACCGGUGAAAAUUCGUUUUGGACGAAGUACAAGCUUAACAUCUGCGUGCUCGACGAUGGCAGAUAUAACAGUGAACGUAGGCAUCACACGGAAGAUGUCUUUCGGCAUCAAUGGCAAGCUCAACGGUGUCGAGAGCAAGACGCCCUUCCUCAUAGGCGUCUCCGGUGGAACUGCGAGCGGAAAGUCUACAGUAUGUAAACGUAUAAUGGAAAAACUAGGGCAAGUUGAUAUGGAUCAUCAACAGCGUCGUGUGGUUUGCAUAUCGCAAGACAGUUUUUAUCGAGAUCUAACAUCUGCUGAGAAACUAAAAGCUGAAAAAGGACAGUACAAUUUUGAUCAUCCCGAUGCCUUUGAUGAUGAUCUAAUUUUACAAACACUACAGGAUAUACUUGCAGGUGUCAAGUGUGAAAUACCAGCUUAUGAUUACAGGACAAAUAGUUUAAUGAAAGAUCAGAUUACCACGAUAUACCCUGCUGAUGUUGUAUUGUUUGAAGGAAUACUGGUAUUCUAUUUUCCUAAAAUCCGAGAUUUAUUUCACAUGAAAUUGUUUGUGGAUACUGACUCUGAUACCAGACUUGCAAGAAGAGUGCCAAGAGAUAUAAAAGAACGUGGAAGAGAUUUGGAUUACGUUCUGAAUCAGUACAUGAACUUUGUAAAACCAGCUUUUGAGGAGUUUUGCUUACCAACAAAAAAGUUUGCGGAUGUCAUAAUACCACGGGGAGCAGAUAAUACAGUGGCGAUAGAUCUGAUAGUGCAGCACAUAAGAGACUUCUUAAGCAACCGAGGUAGGCAAAUGGCAGAACCUGAAAGUCCAAUAAGCAGGAUAGAAGGAUUAUUCAAGAGACCGCAUUAAUCUUUAAAACUUUUAAUACAUUUUAGAGUGAUUUAACCGAAUCAUCAUUUUAUCUCCUUUUAAUACUCGGAUACAUAUUUUUUUAAUUAAUUUUAAAGAAUCUUUUCUAAUCAAUGUUUUAACAAUAUUUCUUUUCAUUUGCACUUUAAUAGUAUUAUUUAAAUGAAAAAUUAUUAAAUAAUGGUAAAACUAAAAGUUUAUAUUUAGACAUUUACAUAGAAUACACAAGGAUGUGAUCAAAAUAUGUAGCAAAGCUGCAAGAAAAAACAUAGGCAGUAAAAUAGACAUGCCCAAUAAGGACUAAUUUCCCUUUCGUCUUUUAGUGUGAUCUAUAAUUCACUUUACUUUUGACACUAUACUUUUGAUCUCCUAUAUAUGCGAGUUGCAAAAGGCACUAAUAUCAAAUGGUAUAUAUCACUGUAUGUGAUACAGCCAAAACUAUCAUUAAUUUGUAGAAUUUAGAAAUUGUUAAAAUAUAGUGAUAUUUAUGAGGCUUG